AUGGGGAAGAGCCGGUUAUUACUGUUUGCCCUCUGGGGUGUAAUGGUUUUUGGCCUAUUCCCAAAUCUUGAAGCUCAGGAUGCUUUGGCUGUUGGGAAGAGAGAUAUAAUUUUCCUCAUUGACAGUAGCAUGGGUACCAUCGUAAUCAAUGCAGUGCGAGAAUUCAUCAAAAGGUUUAUUGACACCAUGCCAAUUGGUCCUGAUCAGGUGCAGGUCGGAGUGGCCGUGUUUUCCACCACCCCAAGGAUGGAGAUCAACCUCAACUCAUUCAGUUCAAAAGAAUCACUAAGCUCUGCCCUCGCAAAAAUAAAACCCAAACCUUCAGUUGAAGUCAACAUUGGUGCUGCCUUGGAUUUUGUGAGGACCAACAUGCUCACAGCUGAGAGUGGGAGCCGCAUUCAAGAUCAAGUGCCACAGCUUGUGUUGCUCCUAACCAGUAAAAAAUCCAAAGACAGUGUCCAACAACCGGCUGAUGCCCUUCUUCAAAUGGGUGUUCUGACUUUGGCUGCAGGCUCCAGGGCUGCCGAUGAAACUGAGCUCAAGCAAAUAGUGAACACUGGUGCAGCCCUACAAUAUGCCCUAACCAACCACUUCCAGCCCACAGCUGGGUCUCGUGGGAGAGAGGGGAUCCAGCAGGUCCUGGUUUUAAUAACAGGAGGACCAUCUCAAGAUGAGGUCAAGAUGAUUGCAGACCGUGUAGCUUUAGAGGGUGUUUUGACUUUUGCUGUUGGAGUUGGCCAAGUGGAAGAUCGUUUCUUGAAAACUGUUGCUUUUGUUGAAAAUUUGGCAUACUACAGAAGAACUUUUGCUGACUUGUCAAGUGUUGUUGAUGAAAUUAUGACACCACUGGUCACUGUUGUUGGGGAGACUAAUACUCCAAUUGACACUGUCUUAUUGCACAAAUGGAAAUUCUUGAACGUCAUUUAA